UCUGUCCGUCUAGGUUUCACCCAUCACAGCUUCAUCACAUUCGGACAUAUUUCAUCACUGUUUCCCAUUACUCCUGCAACUGUCAUCGCCAGUUUUUCGAUUCAGGAUAAUUAUCUGCAUCUUUACCGUCGCGUGGUCCACUAUCUUUGUUUCAGCAGCAGAAAUGGACAACAGCUCGACGACUUGUCCAUUUGACACACAGGGCUACAGUUCAACAUUUAAGAGGAAACGAACGGUGGAAGAUUUCAACAAGUUCUGCACAUUUGUGCUGGCAUAUGCUGGUUAUAUUCCAUACCCACAGGAGGAGGCACACUUGAGGAACAGCUCUAGUCCGCCUAACAGCACCGGCAGCACUGCAGACAGUGACGGAUGGGAGAACCAGAGGCUGGGAUGUGGCCUCUCGUCCCCGGACGAGCCCCCAACCAAAAACCGCAAGAGCUUCGCUGGAUUCAAGAGACCCGCGAGCGACGAUUCGGAGCCCCAGAAACGUCCUAAGUCAGCAGGUCUUCUCCUGGAGGGUCGAACAAAGGCUGACAAGGUGAAGAAGAAGAAGAAGAAGCUGAGGAAGUGUAAUGAUGAGGAAUUGAGAUCUUUCUCUCCAUUUGCUACUCCCAAUGCUGAAGGUGAGAUUGGCAAUUUUGGAUGUACCAUCAAAGAAGAACCAGAAGAUUACUUCAGCAUCUCUGUACCCACCACUGGCAUGGGUAGCGGCCAGCCAAAACCUGCGUAUAGUUCACUUGGCACCGCAACGUGGAAGGAGGAGCCUGAUAUCGGCCGUCCAUGCUGGGACGGUUUUAAAAGUUCAGGUCCAGAGUCAGAGGAUGUCGAGAAACCCUCACAACCUAAAGAAGAGUCCAUAGUCUUGAAAGUUGAAGGUUUUCCUGGUAAAAGGACUGUGGUCCGGCAGGGAAAACAGGUGGUGUUUAGAGAUGAGGAUGGAUCGGGAGACGAUGAGGACAUCAUGGUUGAUUCAGAUGAUGACUCUUGGGACUUAGUGACAUGUUUCUGCAUGAAGCCGUUCGCAGGGCGGGCUAUGAUCGAAUGCAACCAGUGCAACACCUGGAUCCACCUUUCAUGUGCCAAAAUCCGUAAGUCCAACGUCCCAGAGACGUACAUCUGCCAGAGGUGCAAAGAUACAAAGUUUGACAUACGCCGCUCCAAUCGCUCACGAGUGGGCACUCGAAAACACCUUCUCGACUGAUCCCGCUCCUCUCGUUCUUCCAUCCACGUGCACAGAAACUCGAUGAGUACGGAAGAAGACCUGCGUCGCGUUUUUCUAUAUCUGUUUUUAAUAUUUCUCACCUUCCUAAAUGUUUGCGUCUGGCAAUCAAUACUCAGAUGAUGCAUUAAUGAGAGCAGAUUUCCACCGUAAGGACGGUUGGAGUUGUGACGGUACUGGCCUGAAGGUAUUACACAAUCCGAGUUGAGCUGGAAAGAAGGGAUUGGGGUGGCGGCGUACAACUUUUUUUAAGAGCAAAGUGGUAGCUAGAGAUGCCCCUUUGUACCCAUAGCUUUCAAAAUUAGGUGUAUUUGUUAAAGUAUGUACAUUCUAUGAAAUAACCAUAAGAUAUUAGUUUCAAGGUGUCAUUUUGUGUGGAUCUUUUCUGAGGCCACCAAAUGUGUAUGUGGCAAAGAGUUCUGUUUGUUGGAUAAUGUUGAUCGAAGUUUUCGUCAGCAGUCACUGAUGCUUUGGAGGGAAACAUCAGAAAUGGUUCAUGCUACAUUGUGGUAUUUUUUUUUUUCUUUUUAAAGAACAUUGGAGCUAACUGAUGAUAACAAGAGUGUUAUUUUGAUUUAUGACGCCUGAUCAUUUCUACCUUUUAUUGAACAAGAAACUUUUUGUUUGCAUGUUGUAAUAUUUGACUAAACUGGUCUUUUUUUUCUGCAAUUAGAUGUACAUUUUUUGAUAGUCGUUAAAGGUUAGGGAAGGGAUGAAUAUCAGAAUCUUACAAAACACGUCGCAUUUCACCCCAUUUGAUAUAUUAAUACUAUUUUUAGGAACAAUUUUUUUUUUUAUCUUCGAAUUCAAGUAAUGUUUCUGGGUAUUUUGCUUUUUUCCCCCAUUAUUCUCAGUGGUGAUUCUAUUUAUACUGCCGUGACUGUAAAAAAGUAACUUUCUUUAUUCUUUAAUCUUGUUUUCAUGAAACUAGUCGCACAUUUUGUGGUGAAAUAUUACCUGGACGUGUCCUGUGAGUUUUACUUAACUGCCAAAGGGAAGAACUUUUCUUUUUUUUUUCUGCACAUGCUGAAAUCCUAUGGCUUUCUUAGUAGUAUUCAUAUUAACAUUCAAAGCAGUGCUAGUAUAUAUUGGCUAUUCAAAACUCACUGGUGGAGCUUGUUAAAGAAGGCAUCAUUCAUGAGGGUGUAUUUCUUGCCAACCACUGCGACCGGUCUAACCUGGUUAUUAAUCGAUGAGUCUGGUUCAUGUUCGUAGGCAUGCUCAGAUAAAAAUGUGAUUGUGUCCUAUUAGCUGUUAAAGUCCCAUCAGAAAACAUUUAGCAUUUUUUUUUUUAUGUGAGUUUGUUGUCAUUUCAGAAAGUACUGUUCUGAUUGGUGAGAUAAACACUGCGGAGAAGACAUUAUUUGGCACUUUAGUAUGGAUAUUUGCUGAACCUUUUGGUAUACGUUAAUGUAAAAUUUUAUAGUUGUGAAAUUGGCCUCAUCUUAUUUUCUAACGAGUCAGUUGAUUAUCCAGUGAUAUUUUUUUGGGAUGCACAUUGAAACUGGAUAUUCUUUAAACCCUUACCUUGGGUACAAUUUGUCUUCUCAUGGAAGGACAUACUGGGAAGGUGUAAUUUGCAGGCCAAGCUAUUUUUUCAUUGUUUUGUGUGGAAAAAGUGUCGCUUGUAAAUUGAAUUGCUUAUGUUGGUGCUUUCUUUUUUUUUAACCGUUUAUUAAGGGUUCAUGGAUGAUGGUUCUGUACAUUUUGUUGUAUGUAGUAUGAUGUUAAUAUUUCAGGACUGUUUGUGCAAGAGAGGAGAACCGCUAAAGUUUGAGCGUGCACUGUUAUGCUGAACGAGAUUCUGAGUCCAAUGAAAAGAAAGAGAGAGAUGUUUCUGUGAAACUUCAUGUAAACUUGUAAAUAAAGAGAUGACAAUUUUAAUGACAUCUAAA